AUGGGCAAAGUGUUUGGGAUCCUGGGGACAACGUACCAAGCAGUCCUGGCUGCACCUCAGCCUUUGCCAGGCGAGCAUGUUGAAGAGAAGCAGGAGGACAGCAACGUGAAGAGGAAGAGAGAACUUGGCAGACCCCUCGAUGCCUGGGACCACCCUCAUGGCUUGGUUGGUUUACAUAACCUUGGACAGACCUGCUGCCUUAACUCCCUGAUCCAACUAUUCAAAAUGAAUGUGGACUUCACCAAGAUACUGAAGAGGGUAUCAGUGCCCGGGGACAAGGAAGAGCAGAAGAGAAGUGUCCCAUUUCAGUUGCUCUUGCUGCUGGAGAAGAUGCAGGACAGCCGUUGGGAGGCAGUGUGUCCCCUGGAUCUGGUCUACUGCCUUCAGAAAUGCAGAGUGCCCUUUUUCAUCCAGCAUGAUGCUGCUCAGCUUUACCUGACAUUCUGGAACCUGAUUAAAGACCAGCUUACUGACCCUGACCUGGUGGACAGGCUGCAGGCCUUGUACACUAUCCGGAUGAAAGAGUCCUUGGUUUGCCUUGACUGUUCGGUGGAGAGUAGCAGAAACAGCACAAUGCUGACCCUGCCCCUUUCUCUUUUUGAUAUAGACUCAAAGCCCCUGACAACACUGGUGGGACAGGAGGCGGCCCUGGACAGUUUCUUUCAACCCAGGGAGUUAGCAGAUGAUAGCACGUGCUUCUGUGAGAAUUGUGGGAAGAACACUCGAGGGAAACAGGUCUGGAAGCUGACUCAUUUGCCCCCUACCCUGACCAUUCACCUCAAACGGUUCUCCAUCAAGAAUUCAAGGAUACAAAAGAUCUGCCACUCGUUGUGCUUCCCCGAGAGCCUGGAUUUCGAUCAGAUUCUUCCAACUGAGCAAGAUCUUGGCAAGGCUAAUGACCAGGCAGAAGUGCACUACGAGCUCUUCGCUGUGGUUGCCCACGUGGGAAGGGCUGACUUUGGUCACUACUGUGCUUAUAUCCGGAAUUCGGUGGAUGGCAAAUGGUUCUGCUUCAACGACUCCAGUGUCUGUCUGGUGUCUUGGGAGGACAUCCGUUGUACGUAUGGGAAUCCUCACUACCGCUGGAGAGAAACUGCCUAUCUCCUGGUUUAUAUGAAGAAGGAAUCCUAA